AUGUCUUUCUGCUAUCCUCUGUACCGUCUAUCUUUUUCUCUCUCUCUCUCUCUCUCUCUCUUCAUCUCUCUCUGCCAUUUUCCCUCUAUAACCCUUUUUCUUUCUCCCCUUCCCUAUUCCUCUCCAUCUGGAAAUCCGUCUCUCUCUCUCUCUCUCCUCAUCUCCCCACAUGAAGGGGGUCUGCUGAUGUUGUUGCCCUUUCUGCUUAGACAACACAAAGUCUGGAAGAACUGCAAGUUACGAAUCUUCACCGUUGCUCAACUGGAAGAUAACAGUAUCCAGAUGGAGAAGGAUCUUAACCAAUACAUGUACAACUUACGAAUAGAGGCUGAAGUGAAGAUUGUAGAAAUGAAUAGCUCCGAUAUUUCAGCAUACACGUAUGAACGUACCUUAAUGAUGGAACAAAGAACACAGUUGUUAAACAACAUGCGGCUUCAGAAGGAAACGGCCCAAUCAAUUAUUGACCGUGCACACAACCCUAGUCAUUUGGAAUCUAAGGAUGCUACUCUCGAGACGGUGGUCGAGGAAAGCGUUGAAUGCAAUGAAUCUGCCAAUUCAUUAGAACUCGAUCGAAGCCAGUACACCUUCUCCCCAUCUGAGGGUCGGUCAGUUGCCAAGGAACUCGGGAAAGAAUUGUUUCAAAUGAAGCCGUGA